GGAAGGCAUGGGAAAGAGAUCCUGGGUCCGGGCUAUGAAAUGCCAGCUGCUGGUGAUCAGCCUCUUCAUUAUGCUGCUUGGGGUAUCAGUUGGCAUAUUGGCCAUUAUCACCUACAGCGGGAAACACUUCACUGUCAUAAAUUCUGCCUCUUCAGAGACAAACUCCUACUACAGAAAUUUCUGCACUAUUGUUUUCUAUGUCGGGAUAUGUCUGAGUAUCAUUCUGGCUAUGGCUGCUCUGGUGAGCAUUGUCGCCACAAUAAAAGAAUUGGAGGGUGCUAUGGCAGCGUGUUUUUUCUGUUUUGCUGUGGUUUUCUGUGCUUCAGGACUGGCCGCAUAUUGGACUGUUACCAAGAGUAUUGUGGUUGAAAAUGCCAUGAUCGAUGUAUAUGACUUUGUUUAUGAAGAUGUGAGAAGCAACCUUUCCAGCACCAGAAGACAGGAGCUAUAUUCCAUUCACAAGAUGUUUCUUUGUUGUGGGAAGAAGUCACCCUUUGGAGAAACAAGCAGUAUAGAAGAUGAAAUGUGUGCAUCAGAAACUCUGGGAAUAGCAGAAGAGGAUUGUCUCCAAGAAAUCAAACACUUCCUGAAAAAACAUAUGGACAUUGUCUCUGUACUGAUGACCAUCACAAUUUUCUUCAUGAUGUAUGGGAUGGUAUUAACUUCAUUCCUUUGGUACUCUAUCCAUUGUAAGAACAAUUUGGAUCGGAAGGGCAAAUAUGUUCUGGCAAAGUUAUCAGAAACUGGCUUCUGACCUGCACAGAAGAAGGACCAGGACUUUCCAUGGAUGUGAGUGGACAAUAAGUGAUGCUAACUCUCCUCAUUGCCUCCCCCCC